ACCGAGGAGUAUCAAAUCAAAAUGAAAUCGUUCGUGCUCAUCAUCGCCGCUUCUGCAGUGCUCUCUUGUGCCGUUGCCCAGCGGAGAGUUGCCCGUCAACAACCGCAACCGGAGCAAUACGGACCGCCGGCUCCGUACCAGUACAGUUACGCCACCGAGGAUCGCGAAGGAUCUUCCACCGCGGAAGAGUCCACGGAUGGUUCCGGUCGUGUAACGGGCAAAUACACGAUCUCGUUGGCCGAUGGACGUCAGAGGACUGUUACCUACUACGCUGACGAGACUGGUUUCCACGCCGAUGUGAUCACCAAUGAACUCGGAACCGAAUCCAAGAACCCCGCGGAUGUGACCAUCCAAUCGACAGCUCCCACUGGCGCCGAAGCUGCACUCCAGUUCGAAUCUCAGCGAGUCAAGGCUAAAGCUUCGUACGUCGCUCCGGUCGUGGUUCCCGCUCCCGCCGUCAACGCAUUCGCGGCUCUCGCUCCCGUUCACAACCGAUUCUUCCGCGCUUGAGACCAAUAGUUCCGUUGCAGACAAGAGGUUUAGUGAUCCAUUCAAUAAAUUUCCCG